CAUCAUGAGUUUGUUAGUAACGCUACUGCUUCUUGUGCUCAUCGGCAAAACAUCGGCAAUCUGGGUUGACGGAUCUGAGGAUUCAAGUUUUUCGAACCUGGGAUUGCACACAAUGUACAUGACGUGUGACGACGCUGGGUCGGUAUGCCAGGCCUGCUUCACCUCACGUUCACACGGUGAAGCGCAUUUGCAUGUCAUUGAAUACACCAUGGAACCGUACAAGCUUGAGUACACAACUCAAUUAGGAGAUUUCGACGACAAAUUCAUCAUUUUUCAAGAGGAACCAGGUGAUGCUUACCGCGUUUGUACAGAAAUGGUGGUAGGAGGGAGCAACAUGUCCGUUUGGAAGCUCAACAUUUGCAUGGACAACGCCUUACGGGGAGCGACCAUACCGAACAACUGCGUUCGCCCGAUCGCCCUGGUGUCACUGCGGGCAGAAAGAAAUCCCGAUCGACUUCGGGGUCACGAACUCCUGCUCUGCGCGGCUUAAAAUGUGUUCUCUUCAAUUAAAUGUUAACCCUUCGGUAGCUGGUCGAUUAAAGGGGUUUUGCUAAUCCAAGAGGGCCUAACAUGGAACUGGCUGACUCCAUCACUUGUAAACUGGGCACUAACUUUAAAGUCAGCCUCAGCAAAACCGUAUUUUUGUUACAAAUAAAAGGGCAGAUUUGUUAUUUAUUCAUUUGUUUAGAUGAAACAAAGAACUCUUCAAAAGAAGCCACGACAGUGUUGCUCGUAAUCCGAUCAAUUGGAGAUAAGACGAUGAGUUUCUAGUUACAUUUUUUUCUUUUAUUAUUAUGUUUGAAAAACAUUAGGACUUUUCGUAUUCAACAGUAGUACAGGGCUAAAACAGUAGUACAAGACAAAAGCUUUUGUAAUAUCUUCUGCAUGUACAAUGAUAAUUAAAACUAUACAUUAUUCAUUGCAAAGGCCGGUCGUAAAAAAAUGCAUUUUUAUUAAUCGAACCGUGGGCUGUAAAGUGAUAAGACCAAAAAGGUAUCUUUCGCAGAGUAAUGAGAGACGUCAUCAGAGAACAAGUACCAAGUGAUACAAACCACGGCGAUUCCACGAACCGUACAACCGCCAAUUUUGCAAUGCAAUGGGGCGUGAUCUAAUGUGCAAAUGAGACGCAUGCGCAUCAGUGUCAUCAAAACUGCAGGUAUUUCAUGGAAACUCACUGACAAAGUUGUGACACACGCGUGGCAUGGAAACAGUAUAAUACACCGGGAUAGAACGGUCCACAAAACAACCGAACCACCCACACCCACUCUCAAAUUGGUAUCCUUGUGGAGACAUUUCUUUGUUCUCGUGUAGUAAAGUUUUCAAUUUUGAAAGUGAAGUUU